UUAUUAGAAUAAGCAAUUAAAAUUGAAUAUGUUUUUGUUCUCCCGAAAGAAAAAGGCGCCUCUAGCCACCGAAAGCAUUAUUAUAUCAUCAUUUUUAAAGAUUCGGGAGAGUAUGGAAACCCUGCAAAAAAGGCAAUGUUAUUUAGAAAAAAAGGUUGAAAUGGAAAAAGAAGUAGCCAAAAAGAAUGCCACCAAAAAUAAAAAAGCUGCUAUAAUGGCUUUAAAGAGGAAGAAGCAAUAUGAACAACAAAUAGAGCGACUUUUAGGGGCACAAAUGACUUUAGAAUCCCAACUUAUGGCCAUCGAGGGGGCAAAUGUAAACCUUGAGGCCUUAAAAGCGAUGCAGCAAGGCUCUAGAACCAUGAAAACGAUAACUCAGGGCAUGACACUUAAUGAAGUUGACGACACUAUGGAAGACAUUCAAGAGCAGAUGGACAUAGUCAAUGAAGUUGGUGAAGCUCUCUCUCAAGGUUUAGGGCAACAGUACGACGAAGAUGAACUCCUUGACGAAUUAGACACUCUUGAACAAGAAGAACUUGACCAAAAACUGCUAACAGAAUUACCAUCCUCUUCACUACCCAAGGUCCCUACAAAAGCGCCCGGAACGGGAAUGGAAAUGACGGAAGAAGAAAAAGAGCUGGAAGCUCUUACUUCCAGCAUGCAGUAAACAAAUUAAUUAUGAUAAAAAGGUGUAGAAGCUUAAAUAAAGGU